AUGAAGUUUUUAAUAUUGUUCGUUCUUGUGGCUGUGGCAAACGCUGUCGACUUCUCCAGUUUCUCCUACGGCGUCGCCGACCCUUAUACUGGUGACUUCAAGAGCCAGAUUGAGAGUCGUGCUGGUGAUAAUGUUCAGGGCCAGUACUCCCUGCUCGAACCUGACGGUUCCCGUAGAACUGUCGACUACGCUGCUGGAUCUGAAGGUUUUAAUGCUGCUGUGAGGAAGGACCCGGCUCUGAUUGCUAGCAUCCCAUACGGCUAUGCAAACUGGGCUGCAUACCCCGGCUUUGGUAUCGCACCAUACGCAUACAACCGCCUUCUUUGAAUUAAAACACCACUACGGCAGUGAAUUUGUAAAUAAAUGAUUUGUAAAUAAAA